AUGACUACAAGAACAGUACCAGUUAAAUUGGUUACAGUUGGAGAUGGAGCCGUGGGAAAAACAAGUUUGCUGAUCUCAUACACACAAAACAGUUUUCCAACUGAAUAUAUCCCAACUGUGUUCGAUAAUUACUCAGCUUUUUUGAUGUCUGGUAAAACCCCAGUUAAUAUGAGUUUAUGGGACACCGCAGGACAACACGAGUAUGAUCAAAUGAGACCUUUGUCGUAUCCAGGUACUCAUUGCUUCCUCAUUUGUUUCUCUAUCAUCUCACGAGCAUCCUUCGAAAACGUUGAAUAUUUCUGGAUUCCUGAAAUUAGAAAACACUCACCAACAAUUCCAUUCUUGUUAGUUGGAACAAAGGGUGAUAUGAGAGAAGACAUUACUAUUGUACAAAAUGUUCAAAAUGGGUCACUCCAAUGGGUGAGUUAUGAAGAAGCCAACAAUUUGUCUAAAAAGUAUGGAGGAGCAGGUUAUUUUGAGUGUUCUGCGUUGACACAAAAAAACUUAAAAUUGUUAUUUGAUCAAGCCAUAACAACGGCACUAAAGACUUCUUUUUCAACAACGAAAACUCGAAAAGAUCACACAUCAAAGUGUGCUAUUUUUUAA